CUAAACCAAAAAAGAGUGUUUGCUCUAUGUUGAAUUUUUACGCAUUCAGACUUAAUCUUUUGUUUGAAUAAUAUUGAAAAGAAUAAGGAAGCAUUACAAAAAACUAUUAUUGAACAAAUUUAUAGUAAGCAGAAAAAUACAUUAAAGCUGAAAUGCCUGUCAAAGAGUCAUUAACCAUAUCGAAACCGCAACCUUUUUCAACUUUUAACGAUCGUGUGAAACAAUACGUCACAACAAGUGUUGAGAACGUUUUAGGAGCUGCUAAUUACGAUGCAGCCGAAGUUCCCACAUGGGUCGAUACCAUCACAGCAAGUAUUCUAGAUAACUUACAACAAAUGAGCGAAUCCUUCAAAUAUGUUGUUACAGUUGUCAUGUUACAGCGUACUAAUACAGGAUUUCAUCUUUUUAGUACUUGUUUCUGGGAUCAGUCGUCUGACGGAACUGUAACGGUUCAAUGGGAAAAUAAGUCAAUGCAUUGCGUUGUUACCGUCUAUGGUAUCGCUGUAUAAACUUAAUAUCAAAUGAUGAUAGAAGCUGGACUUUCUGUUAUCAAACGAACCGUUCGAAAUUAUGUUUUUAUUACAAAACUAAACUUGUUGUUAAAGCACAAAGUGUGCCUUAAUAACCGGGUGUCAUUUUACAGUGUUUGAUUAUUUUAUUUUGUUAUUAAAAAAUGUACACAUGUUUAAACCAGUCUUUUUGUUUCAGUCAAAAGUUAAAGCAACAAAAUUUUGUUGAUUAUUGAAUGAACGAAAACACUUGAGUAAAUUUUUCAUAAAUAAACAAGAAAGUCGUCCGUAAAAGAAGCAAACAAAUCUUUCUCUCUAUCUUGCACUCAGAAUGGAAUAUAAACUUAUUCGGAUUGUUGUGCAUUCGAUCACUUAAAAUACAGUUAUUUUGUAAAGAGUUUUUCUGACAGCAUAACAAGACGCAGACAAAUCUACCAAGGUUCAAUUUCGGUUAGAACAAAUAAAAAAAUGUAUCCAACAGCCAUGUUUUUAUUCAAGAUAAUGAGUCAUGUAUUGAACUACCAUUUUGGUAGGAACAAGGAAGAUCAGUGGAUCUAGAUUGAAUUUUGUUACUAAAAACGAGAAAAGGUGCAUUUAGGUGCAAUUUCCUUACUAAUCACAUGCAAAAUGGAUUUGAUUGGUUUUUUUUUACUAAUAAAAAAUAUUGAAAUGUUUUUAUUUUGUUAUUAUGAGACACUCUUUUUUUUUAAAAUAAAGAAAAAAGUAUACAAGGAACUUUUAUUAUGUAUUGCACAAAAAAUGCUAGAAAAUAAAAGUCAGUAUUCCAGCCUAAAAAUUGUUUUAUUUGUUGACGUUGAUUUAAAAAACAAAAAUUGGAUUAAAAGAAUGUGAAGGAGAGAUCCAGUUAAUUUUGAUAUGCUAAUAUGCAUGUUUUAAUGAAUACAUGAACAAGAGUUGAAUCGAGUGAGAAAUUUGUCGAAAUAUUAGAUAAGCUUCCUUUAUAACCCAUGGUUUUUUUUCUCAACGAAAGUUAACAAACUUUUAUAACUUUAAUUUGCAAAAUGACUUUUAUUAAUAAAGUAUAACAUUUGUAUUUAAAAAACAAAAAAAAUUAUAUGUUAAUGCUGCAGCUUUUUGCUAAAAAAAAAAUUGCAGCUGGCUUUGCAGAUAGUCGUGUGUUUUUUAUUUCUGUAACGAGCAUUUUAUUUAUUUAGUAUACUUUUUCUUUAAUUUGUUUUAUCCUUCUAACUCUCUCUCUCUUUCUUUCUUUUUUUUUUUUUUACUUUUAAAAUUUAAUUUUUUUUACUCGUUGAAACAAAAAAAGGUAUUUUUUAAUAAAAUCAAAGAAAAAAUUAUUUAAAGAUUUAAUGAAUACUAAAACGUAUAUUUUUCCAGCCGUUCAAAAAAAAAUACGGAAAACGAAAAUUUGCAUUUACCAUUUAAAUGGUAAAUGUAUUCGUGCUUCGAAUUGUCAGUUUGCACAUUCAGAAGAGGAAUUGAAAAAUCCACCGAAUCUUUAUAAAACACGCUUGUGCAUGGAGUAUUCAUUAAAGAAUACAUGUCCGCAAGAAAGUCAAUGCGGUUUUGCUCAUGGUCAAGAAGAACUCCGUUGGACAGAAGAUCUUUACAAAACGUUACCAUGCCCUUACUACAAAAAAAACGAUCUGACGUCAUGUUUUCUCGGAACGACAUGUCGUUGGGCACACGGUGAAGAAGAAUUAAGAACACGAACAAAUGGCACCGGUCAUACGCUAUCACGGGAGCAUGAGAAAAGGAAAAAAAAAUCCAAAGUGGGGACAACAUCAAAAGAUUUUUUAACUCCUCCUACCACCAAUACAAUGUCAAAUAUGGAUCCCAAAACAAGGAAAUUCUGUGACUAUGAUGCUGAUUUUGAUUAUGCAGCUGGGAAUGCUAAAUGUGAAAAAAAACAAUCAGAUUCUGUGAUAUCUCAAAUAACCAUGUCUCCUAGUCAUUCAUUCAAUCAAGAUAGCACUUAUAGAAAACAAAUAAAAGUGGGAUUGAAAUCUUCAAAACAUGAAAAUAUUUUGAAUAGUGCGAAAAAAAAAAUAAACCAUUCUUCCAAUAAAGGCAGAAAAACCACUAAUCGAUUCAAUCAAUGCCCUCAAUAUUUUAAAGAAACCAAUAUUUUAAAUUCACCUAUACAAAGAAAUGGUUCAGGCUAUGGGAAGGUACCAUUGGAGAACACAAAGUCUUGCUGUGAAAAGUCUUGUUACCAUCGAUCAGUUUCUUUUAAAUACAAAUCUCAUUCAUUAUAUAAAACGUUCAAUCAGUCUGUACAGACUUGUUCUCCUCGUUUAUCGUACGGAAAUCAAGAGACGUUACCUUACUUACAACAACCCCACAGUUUUUUAAAAAAAGCUAAUCGAUUCGAUGAAACGACAACCAAUGCAACCACAACAGACCGAAGCAAAAAUAGUCAACUGUCCAAUACAAUUUUAAACACACAGGAAACGUCUCAGAACACAAAUGAAGAUGAUUUUGACUUAAGCUUUUCUUUAAAUCAUCCACCCAAUAGAUCACCUCCUUAUUAUAUGUACCGAUCAUCAAGUUUAACUACACUACAAGACCAUUUAUCUAUGCAAGGUGUUUUUGAAUCACCAUCCGUUCUAACAAUUCCUCAUUAUCAAAGAUCUUCCACACAAUCUUCUAUGCUACUUUAUGAUAAUACAAAAAAUUCGGAUAGUUUAAAAUCAUACGAUGAUACCAAUGUGCCCUAUAAUUGUUUACAAGAUCCGUCUAAUAUGACGAAACCAUAUAAUGGAACGUUUUCUCACCGUCGAAAUAUUUUUCAAAAAAUGACAUUUCAUUCGACGGAGUCUCCGAAAAGGUUGUUAGUCACAAGUCAAUCUGAUUUACCUUUGUGUCAGCAAGAAUUCGAAGAAAUGGAAGAUUUGUCGAAUUUAUAUUCUAAUUCAUUGACUUGUGAUAUGAAUCGUUAUGCCGCUUCUCAAGAAUUUUGUUGCUCUAUAUCGACUGCUUAUGUUUCUUGUCAUUUAGAUGAAGAGAAAUGUGUGCAAGAAACAUAUACUUCACCAGCUUAGAAAUCUUAUUAUUUGUGCGAAUCCCCACGAUAUGAUCAAUUCAACGUUUCCAUUCAUUGAUCUAUAAUUUUAUUUGGAACAAAAAAAUACUAUCAUGUUUUACAAUGUUUCAAUCCAUCUGACCUUCACUCCUUUUUAUUAUGGCUAGCUUUGGCACGAGAAUUAAAAAACAAAAAAUCGUUUAAUGCCACUUUUCCACCUUAUGCAUUACCUACAAAACAUUUGACAAUAUUUUGGUAACAAAAUUUUUUAUUUUUUUACCGUUACAUUUUCUACAGCUUUUUAACAAAAAAAAAAAAUUUUUUUUUUUGAUUACCGUUAAGCGUUAAUUUUUUUUUUCUUGAUUUUUAGUAAUAAUUUUUUUUUUUAAUUUUGUUUUAAUUUUUUUAAGUCAUGUACCUAUUUUUCACUUUUUUGUUAACAAAACAAAAAUUGAAUUGUAUAGUACAACAUAGCAACGCAAAAAACAAUCACGUUUCCCCUUUCAAUAUGGAUAGUAUAAUAAAGACAAAAUUACUUCUCUGAAACUAAGUGUUUUCAUUACCUGAAGGCGUGUUUAAAAUUAAGGCUGAGUGUAGAAUUCCAGUGAGAGUUUUGUUGAUUCAAAAUAACUUAUUCAUUUUCUUUUUUAUGGGUGUCAGUUGAAUGAGGUGCUUCAGGAGAUAGGAAUGAAACACUGUACUCUUUCUGGAGAGAAGAAAAUAAUGAAGGAAUCAUAUGCAUGUUUUGAAGAGUAUUGAUUGAACAUUAUGCAGGUUCAGAUGCAAUUUCAGUUCAAUCAAAAGAAAAACAAUUUUAAUGAACGAAUGAAAAAUGGAUUUUUAAUCAACAGUUUCAAUCACUCUAUAUAAAAUUAUUUCUUGUAGUAACUUUGGUGAAAUUUCAAUUUUUCUAUAGAGUGUUUGAGUGAACUGUUCAACUAAAAUGGAUGUUUCUAAAAAAUUGUGACGUUCAUACCACUAGUAAACGUGACGUGUAUGUACUAAAAUAAAAAAAAAAACCUUACAUGCUUAGUGAUCAUAAAGCUUUAAAUUUUUCUUUUUUAAUCCAGUAAAGUACCGCACAAAUUUUUGUAAUGAGUUGAGGGGAUGAGACAAAAUGUGUGUAUGUUUUCGUGAAUUGGAUUAGAAAAAAUGACAAGUGUAGAAGAACUCAUACAAGAAAGUAAAGGUGAUACAUUGGUGGAUGAGGUGAAAAAAAAAUUUUGUCAGUCCAAUAAUCCAGAUGAUAAUGCAUUAGGCUAUUUAAGUGAUGAGAAGCCCUACAGUGAAGCAGUUGAAAGUGUUACCGACAACUGUUUACCCACAGAGUCAUGCCCUUCUUGGUUACCAGCAAGAACAAAGAAUUUUAAAGGGUCAACACAAAUGUCGUCCUGUGUUACGGCUCUCGGUUCUUCUCAUAUUUUACCCUUGUUUACGAGUCAUCCUGAAAAAAAAUAUUUACAUUUAAAAAAAGAAAUUCAAGCUUCAAAGUUAACUAGUUUGUAUAGUGAAAGAAUUUUAAGCACACUUGAAAAGUUUCGAAAAAUAAAAAAAGGGUCGCAGUGCUCAAGCAGCCUCCUCACCCAUUUGGCUCAUCAAGCUGCUUUAAGAGCGUUACAUCGGAACGCGUUACAACGUGAAUCACAACAACUCUGUACUCCAAUAAAAAAAAACACAUGCGACGUUGAUAUUCCACCUGUUUUUUAUAAAGAUAUUCAAUCGGCACUAAACACGAGUGUGAAUAGAAUUAGCCCUAGAGCUCGGUUUGAACUUGUUUAUUCAUCUGUUGAAGGAUUUCGAGAAAAAACAAUUAUAACUUUCAAAAAAUAUUGCUUUCGUGUAUUACGUCACUUGAAUAUUAUAAUUCCAUCAUGGGGUUCCUUCAAUGAUUCAUUUCAAUGGCACUCUCAUUGUAUUCUUAAUGCAUCCUCCAUUCAGGAUAUUUCAAAUUAUGUUAUCAUUUUCGAAGACAUUAUGGAAAACGUUUCUUUCAGGUUGGCGGAAGCUCAAAAGAAUUUGGAUGGACAAACUCAUGACUGUACGUCUUUGGCUGAUUCGAGCGAAAAAGAAAAAAAUUGGAGUGGUUUAUUUAAUGUUCUACAGUCCAAUAGUGAAACGAAGGAUGAAACUAGCUUAAAUGUCUGUGGCGCAUCUAUUCGUCAAGAGGAAUCUGAGCAUUCACCAAGGAAGUGUAUCGGUCCAUUAAAAAAUUCAAUUUUCUCACACAAUGCAUUGUUCAAACAAAGUAUCACUACAAUGUUGUUAAGGAUUCCAUUGUUAACAUCGUUAAUGUAUCAGGUGGAUGCAGAAAUCAU